CACACACAAACAACUACAAGGCUCAACACUUCCACGAGACCUUUUCGAUCACACGUACUUUACUGUUACACUUCCCUUUGAUACCCAACCCUACUUCACACGAAUCCGACACACCAUGGCACCAGCAAUCGGUAUCGAUUUGGGUACCACGUACUCUUGCGUGGGUAUCUUCAGAGAUGACCGUAUCGAGAUCAUUGCCAACGACCAGGGUAACCGAACGACGCCCUCGUUCGUUGCCUUCACCGACACCGAGCGUCUCAUUGGUGACGCUGCAAAGAACCAAGUCGCCAUGAACCCACACAACACCGUCUUCGACGCCAAGCGAUUAAUCGGCCGCAAGUUCGCAGACCCAGAGGUGCAGGCAGACAUGAAGCACUUCCCGUUCAAGGUCAUCGACAAGGGUGGCAAGCCAGUCGUCCAGGUCGAGUUCAAGGGCGAGGAGAAGACGUUCACACCAGAGGAGAUCUCAUCGAUGGUCCUCACCAAGAUGCGCGAGACUGCAGAAUCUUACCUCGGUGGUACCGUCAACAACGCAGUCGUCACAGUACCAGCAUACUUCAACGACUCGCAGCGACAAGCAACCAAGGAUGCUGGUCUCAUUGCCGGCCUCAACGUCCUCCGUAUCAUCAACGAGCCCACCGCCGCUGCCAUUGCCUACGGUCUUGACAAGAAGACUGAGGGCGAGCGCAACGUGCUCAUCUUCGACUUGGGUGGUGGCACUUUCGAUGUCUCCUUGCUCACAAUCGAGGAGGGCAUCUUCGAGGUGAAGUCGACUGCAGGAGACACUCACUUGGGUGGAGAGGACUUUGACAACCGCCUCGUCAACCACUUCGUCAACGAAUUCAAGCGCAAGCACAAGAAAGAUUUGACUAGCAACGCUCGUGCUCUCCGCCGCCUCCGCACAGCAUGCGAGCGUGCCAAGCGCACCCUCUCUUCUUCCGCCCAGACAUCCAUCGAAAUCGACUCGCUGUACGAGGGUAUUGACUUCUACACCUCGAUCACCCGUGCUCGUUUCGAGGAGCUCUGCCAGGAUCUAUUCCGUUCCACCAUGGAGCCAGUCGAGCGCACUCUCCGUGACGCCAAGAUCGACAAGUCUUCCGUCCACGAGAUUGUUCUCGUCGGUGGUUCUACCCGCAUUCCGAAGAUCCAGAAGAUGGUUUCCGACUUCUUCAACGGCAAGGAGCCAAACAAGUCUAUCAACCCAGACGAGGCUGUCGCCUACGGUGCCGCCGUCCAGGCUGCCAUCCUUUCUGGUGACACUUCCAGCAAGUCGACCAACGAGAUCCUCUUGCUCGACGUUGCCCCGUUGUCUCUCGGUAUUGAGACUGCCGGCGGUGUCAUGACUCCUCUCAUCAAGCGCAACACCACCAUCCCUACCAAGAAGUCUGAGGUAUUCUCUACCUUCUCCGACAACCAGCCAGGUGUGCUCAUCCAGGUCUUCGAAGGCGAGCGGGCGCGUACGAAAGAUUGCAAUCUGCUCGGCAAGUUCGAGCUCACCGGUAUUCCACCAGCACCACGCGGUGUUCCACAAAUCGAGGUUACCUUCGACCUUGACGCCAAUGGAAUCAUGAACGUCUCUGCUCUCGAGAAGGGAACUGGCAAGGCCAACAAGAUUGUCAUCACCAACGACAAGGGCCGUCUCUCCAAGGAGGAAAUCGAGCGUAUGCUUGCUGAGGCCGAGAAGUACAAGGAGGAGGACGAGAAGGAGGCUGGUCGUAUCCAGGCCAAGAACGGUCUUGAGUCGUACGCCUACGGUCUCAAGAACACUCUCUCCGAUUCCAAGGCUGAGGAGAAGCUUGACGCUGCUGACAAGGAGAAGCUGAAGGCCGAAAUUGACAAGACCGUCGCUUGGCUCGACGACAACCAGCAAGGCACCAAGGAGGAGUACGAGGACAAGCAGAAGGAGCUUGAGGGUGUCGCCAACCCGAUCAUGAUGAAGUUGUACGGUGCUGGCGAGGGUGGUAUGCCAGGCGGCAUGCCAGGUGGGCCAGGCGGCUUCCCAGGUGCCGGCGGUCCAGCUCACGGCGCCGGUGGUGAUGACGGCCCAACCGUCGAGGAGGUCGACUAAAUGCUUUCAAACUUAAUAGAUACCACUUGAGUUGGCUGCAUGGCAUGGCGUUUUACCGGAUGGGUUAGAGCAUGGUUUUGACGAGAUCAUGAUGGAUGGAAAAGCAUCCUUGAUGUAAGAAUUAGCGAGCAGGCCCCUUGAGUAGGCCUCAGCAAUGGAAACAGUUCAGAAACAACUUC